GACAAGUUCUGCUGCCUAACAGUCUUGGUGGCCAAAGCAUUUGACAAUAUAACCUCUGCUAUGUCUUGGAGGCGUACUCCCUUCGCCAAGUUCUUUACAGAACUUUGAGAAGAUUCUGGAUGAGCCAACCAAACUAGAGUCGGCACUAUGUGCACUAAGGCACAUAAUAGCCAAGAUUUGAGGAGAAUGGAUGACCCUCUUGAUAUGAAGAAGGUUUACGAUAAUAGGUCUGCUAAAUAUCAACACCUUCUGAAAAGCAUCACAGAAGUCAGCUUAAAGAAGACUGAUCAACUAAAGUUAUUAGAGCAGAAAAUUGAAGAGAGGCAGAUCCUCAUUGAUUCCCAAAGAGAGCUUCUAGAUAAGAGGUUAAGUAGAGAUGUGGAAGAAAAGAAAGCUCAUGCUCAAGAAAUUUUCAACAAGUUAGACGAAGAAGAUUUUCAGAAGACUAAGCUUGUCUCCAACUUGCCAUCUCAAGCAAAGAAGCAAAGAUUGAGUCACUGUAAUCACUGCUGUAUUAGAGAUAACCAAAAAUGAUUCUUAGAGGAAUAUUUUCAUAAAUAUUACGGUUUACUUAGUACACUUGAGAAGUUAUUAAUUUGCCCAAUAAAUAUGGAAGUAGUAAGGGAGCCAGCGAUCACUCCUUCAGGUAACCUUGUUGAAGCUUCAGUAAUUGAGAGGUUGAUACUCGAAAAGAAGCCGGAUCCCUUCAACAGGACCCUCCCUAUCAGACACCUCACGAUCAACAGGUUCGCAACAGAGGUGCUCAAGCUAGUAAAAUCCUAGUCUUCAACAGAAA